AAGCCACUAUAAAUGUAUAUUAUAAGGACUGUUACAGUAAGGACGUCGUAGGUUAGUAGCACCAUCACGUCGACUGAUACAUGGAUUGACUGGCUUAUAGUAGUCACCAAAGCGUGGAAGUAGAUAUGUUUGAUCAGAAUGGUCGGCAUCUGGGAUGUUGGCAGUAAAGACAUGCUGCAGAUCAUCACUGAACUGAUCUGUGUUUCUGCAGUGUGGGGCCCCCUGCUGUUCCUGGAAUGGUACGGGAUAGCAACACUCCAGGGGUUCUUCUGUUCCGACACAAGUCUGCAGUACCCAUACCGGGAGUCAACCAUGACAGCCUCCAUCAUGUACCCCGUCAGCUGCAUCUUCCCCUUCCUCGGGAUAAUUAUUAGCAUUUGUUGUGAGAUGAAAACAAACAGCUUUCCAUUGAAGUCUGUCUACAGACAAGUGCUCGUGUUCGUGUUUGGCUUUGGUUUGGCGCACCUGUUGGUUGAUGUGGGCAAGUUUUAUGGCGGGAGACUUCGUCCUCACUUCUUUGACGUGUGCCGCCCUGAUUGGUCACAGAUAGACUGUUCCGUCGGCUACGUUACCGAUUAUACGUGUCUGGGAACCCACAAAACCCGUCUCAGAAAAAUGAGACUGUCGUUUCCCUCCGCCCAUGCAAGCUGCAUAUGCUAUGGUGCCGUCUUCUUCAUAGUGUACGUUCAGUCCCGGAACUUGAAGAGGCACCUGGGAUUGAUGCCAGCGACACUUCUUCAAGCUGCAGCCGUCUGUCUUGCAUUUUACACGUGCAUCUCGCGUAUAACAGACAACAAACACCAUGUGACUGACGUCAUCGCAGGGUCUUGUAUCGGCUCUGCAAUAGGUUACUGGAUGGCAUCGCUUCUGCAUACUGUGCCGGAACCAUUGCCUGACAAGAAGAAGAAAUCCUAAUCUACAAGAGUGUAGUAUCUGGUGUCGUUUAAUUGCCUGGAAAGAAGAAAUCCUAAUCCACAAUAUCUGGUGUAGUAUCUAGGUGUC